AACGCAUCUGGCAGAAAAGACUGGCUCCUUGCAAUCACAGGAGAUCACGGGAUGAGCGAUCAGGGCAGUCAUGGUGGAGCUAGUUUCUUCGAAUCUAGUACAACCCUCCUGCUGAUUAGCCCAAAAUUUGCCGGCGCCCCAUCAGAGUCCGCAUGUGAGCUCGCUGGAGAUGUCUUUAGCCAAAAAACCGACCAGACUGAUUUGGCCACCACGAUCGGUCUUCUGGCCGGUGUGGGCAUCCCCUCAGGGAGCAUCGGCGUGCCACCAGAUCGUACUUUGCUUGCUUUUUGGCCAAAGGCGUUGGAACGCCUCAAGGCCCUCCUUCAAUUGCAGCAGCACCUUCAACGUCUGGUUACAUUUGUGCUGGAAAAGGCAGGCCACUCACACCUCUUUGUACCAAAUGAAGGUAUGACUGUCCUUUUCUCCUUUCAGCUCAUACGGUCAAUGUGGUGA